AUGGGUGGAUUUAUUUUGCAAGCACGUGACAGUGCACCAUUUCCCAUCCAUGGGCUGCACCUUAUUUACCUACUAAAAGAGGGUUAUUUGGAUCUCCCAGAGAUCACUUCGGAGGAGAUCUCGGAUAAGAGCAAGGCCAAUUUACUUGCUAAAGCUCUGGUGUGUCUGCAAACUGGCUGGUUUGUGGUGCAGUGCUUCGGUCGUCUGGCUCAAAGCCUCCCAUUGACAACACUGGAACUCGUAACCGUCAGUUACGUAUGGUGCACAUGGGCUAUCUAUGCACAAUGGCUCAAGAAGCCUCUUGACGUCACAGCGCCCACGGUUCUCAGGACCCAAGCGAGUACCGCAGAAAUCCUGCUCAAGGCCGGUCCUGCAGCUUCCCAGCCAUAUCGUCAAACUCCCCUCGACUUUGUCUGGGACGGUCGCGUUUCGUGGACUCUGGAUGUGCAACCGUUCCUUCACUUCCGUGUUGAUCCUCGCAAGAGACCUAUGCCACGUAUACUGAACGAUAGCAUGCCAUGGUUUGACACAGCUGUUGAUGCUGCAGUGUGUAUUUUCGUGAUUGUAUUCUAUGGUGCCAUCCACAUGUUUGGCUGGAAUCUGCUUUUCCCGACUCGAAUGGAGAAGACUCUGUGGCGUCUAGCCGCGCUCGUUCUCUUAUGCACUACAGUGAUAUUGUGCAUAUGGGAAUUGCUGUGGGGUAUCUUUCGUGCAGCGUAUCUCCUACACAUUAACAAAAAGAGAAUGAGUUUUAGGUCUGUCUACUAUAUCUAUGCGAACAAAAUCGAAAAGAUUAGCGGAGCGGACGGGUUGCCUAUCCAUGACAAGGACUUCGACGAAGGCGUCAUUACAUAUUGGCACAUGGGGGUUUUUGUCCCCCUAGGAGUGUUACAAGACAACUUCACUCUGCCCGCCUCAUUGUGCAUCAAACAACGCAAAAUCGCGGAAAUGGCAACACUAUCGCCUCAAGACAUCAGAACACUGGAACACACCCGCCAGCGCCUUGCUCAGCUUACAAAAUCCCUAGAUUCUUUGCAAAAACAGAUUCACACCAUAGAACCUCUUCCAUCAUGGUCCUCCCUCCACUCGCUUUCCCAAAUCAUAUCCCAAAACCUCGCCUCUGUCUCCGCCCACCUGACCACGCACGCCCCGCUCCUUUCGUCCCUGGUCGCCUACCCCUUGCCACUAUACCCCGGCCGAGAACAGGAGCCCGUUCUCAAUCAACUACUACGCAAGAAAUUGGAGCCACAUGUUGAAGAUUGGGUUGAAGAAGGUCGUCUAGCUGGAGAGGAGGUGGCUAAUUGGGAUGGUGGUAGGGGAAGGGCCGAGAUCACAGGAUUGUGGGAAUGGGCGGGCAUAGCGGCGAAUGAGCAAGCACGGAAGCACGAGUGGGGCGGAGACUAUACCGUUGAGGAGAUCGAAGGUGGAAUUGAGAAUGUGGUUACGGGGUUGAGGGACGAGGAGAGUGACGAGGAAGAGGGUGAGGAGGGAGACGAGGGAGCCGCUUGGUCGGCGGAAGUGGAGGGUCAAGAGAACAAGAAGGCUGAAGAAGGAGGAGGGGGAAAGCCGCUAUCGAUGGAUGAUAUGCUGCGGUUUUUGGUGAAAGGGGAAGAGCCGAGGAAGUGA